AUUUCAUUCUAGAUUAUAUCGAUCAUAACUAUCAUCGGUCAUACAAUUUUAUCAAUAGAUUAUUAUAAUUAUUUUUUUUACUUUAUUUAAACGCAGGAUUUAGAUGAGUUAUAUGAGGAAUUUGGCAUUGUUAAUGAGACAGUCGAGAAGGGGCCACAUGCACAUGUAACAGAGGACGAAUUAAAUGGAGAGUGGGGAGACGAUGAUGACGACCAACAUGCAGAGUCAAUCAUAGGGCGUGUCCAUGAGUUUGUCUACAGUGCUGCAGAGGACAUUCCGGAAGGAUCAGAUGAGGAGAGGGGCGAGGGCGGUUUAGAAUCAGAGUCAGACGAUAAUGCUGUCACAAGUGUACAAUGUAAGUGUAAAACCAAUUGUUUGUCGCAGUUUGAUGCUGAACACAUUCAAGGGCAUAUAUUGUCUCUCAGGGAAAUGGAGAAAGACCAAAAGGAGAUGUUUGUUAUGGGAAGUCUGUUGAAAAUAGGUGCACAGGAAACCAGGAAAGGUAAACGUAAACGAGUUAGAUAUAGAUAUACAUUUGAUGGCAAAACUGUCUGUAAAUCUGUGUUCUGCCACAUUAAUGAUAUUGGGCAGAGAACUGUUAAAUCUUUACUGAAACAUUUAAAUUCAAAUGGACCGGUGCCGCGAAUACAUGGGAAUACCGGGAGAAAGCCAAGCCAUGCAGUUAAGUACGAGGACGUGCGUUUCUGUGUUGAUUUCCUGUUAUUAUAUGCAGAAAUCAACGGGUUAACAAUGCCAGCAGCACCACGCGGAGCAGACGAGGCUGCGCCUAUACUGUUACCAUGUAAUACUACGAAAGUGGAUUUACAUUCAAAAUACCAACAAGCAUGUAUAGAAGCCGGCGUCAGAGUUCUUGGAAUAACUACAUUUAAAUGUGUUUGGAAGCAAUGCCUUCCACACAUUAAGAUAAUGACGGCAAAAGAUGACGUUUGUCAUAAGUGCGAGAUGAUAAGGAAAAGGGUGGCUGAUGCUAUACAUGAGAUGGACAAACUUGAGGCAGCAAACGCUUUACGAGAACAUAUACAGGAUGCACAGAGAGAGCGACAGGUUUAUAGACAGACAAUAAAAGAGGCUCGUGAGGAAAUGAGGCACACAUCAGUCACAUUCAAUCGACCUGCCCAGCCAUGCACUAGUGAUUUAACAAAAGUGCACUACACAUUCGACUAUUCUCAAAAUGUGACUAUACCACACCAUAGUCAACAAAUGGGCCCUUUGUAUUUUGUUACUGGCAGGAAAAUACAAUUUUUUGGCGUCCGUGUUGAUUCAGUGUCACAACAAUAUAAUUACCUUAUAGACGAGGAUGAAUCAAUUGGUGUUGAUGGUACAGGAACCCACGGGCCAAACUCAGUUAUAAGUAUGCUACAUCACUGCCUCGAAAACCAGGGAUUUGGAGAGAAAGCUUGCGUCAUGCACGCCGACAACUGUGGUUCGCAGAAUAAAAAUCGCUUUAUGUUAGCGUAUCUGGCAUGGCGAAUUCAUAUGGGGCUCCAUGAUGAGAUAACACUCCUGAUGGGAAUUCCUGGUCACACAAAGUAAUUUAUGUUUUUAAUUUAUAUUUUAUUUUAUACUCGUAUAAUGCGAACUUAUGUAUUUUAGUUUAUGACAGUCCUCUACAAUAAUUCUGGUCUGCACAAAACGAGCAUUUGCUAUUUUUAUGUGUUUAAACAUGUAUGUGCUUGCACACCAGCGGGCGUGUUUUAUGCAUGCCAUAGAGACAAUCUGGCCAUUAGA